AUGGAGCCAGCUGGCGCGAUGAAGACGACGAGGGUGUGUGUGACGGGCGCCGGAGGCUUCAUCGCCUCGUGGCUCAUCCGGCGACUCCUUUCCGGAGGAGACUACGCGGUGCACGGCACCGUCCGUGAUCCCAGUGACCACAAGAACGAUCACCUGAGGGCGCUGGACGGCGCCGGCGAGCGGCUGAGAUUGUUCGAGGCCGACGUGCUGGACUACGCGAGCGUGGCGUCAGCCGUGGCCGGCUGCGACGGCGUCUUCCAUGUCGCCAGCCCCGUUCCUGCCACCAAAUCCAACAACCCCGAGGUGGAGCUGCUGGCACCGGCGGUGGCCGGCACGCUGAACGUGCUCACGGCCUGCAGCGAGGCCGGAGUACGCCGCGUCGUCGUGGUGUCGUCGGUCGGCGCGGUCUUCGUCAACCCGAACCUCCCUGAGGGACCCUCGGUGGACGAGGACUGCUGGUCCAAUGAAGACUACUGCAGAACUAUCGAGAACUGGUACUGCCUCUCCAAGACGCUGGCGGAGCGCGAGGCCAUAGCUUACGCCGAGAAGACUGGGCUAGACGUGGUCACCGUGUGCCCGUCGCUGGUGUUCGGUCCUCUACUGCAGCCCACGGUGAACACCAGCAGCCUGUUCCUCAUCAAAUACUUGAAAUGCGACGGCGUCGACGCCAUGGACGACAAGGUGAGGAACAUGGUGGACGUCCGCGACGUCGCCGACGCUCUCGUGCUGACGUACGAGAACCCGGAGGCGGCCGGCAGGUACAUCUGCAGCGCGUACGCCAGGAAGGUGUCCGAAAUGGUUUCCGUCAUCGAGGACUUGCAUCCGAACCUCAAUUACCCCAACAAGUUCGUCCAAGUGGGGGAUGAGAAGGUGUUCAGCUCCGAGAAGCUGCAGAGGCUGGGGUGGAGGUUCAGGACGAUGGAGGAGACGUUGAAGGACAGCGUUGAGUCCUACAUGGCUGCAGGCAUCCUCAACUGA